AUGUCGUUGAACUAUGACCCCGAGGCGUCUCUUGUAGACGCGACUUGGAUCGCGGUCUUUCUGAGCGAGAGAGAUGUGGCCGGCCAAAUUCCGCUGAAUUUUGUCACCACCUCUGCCGUGUCCGUCCGCGCAGCGUGCUUCGGCAAUAACGUCUUCGACCGGGACUCGGCGGGCAAAUGCAUCUCGAACCUGCUUGAAUUAGGGUAUCGCCGAUUGGUAGUCGAUUUAUACUGGUCUGUGGAAGGGCGCACCUGGAACUUUUGUCCGGUGUCUAUUCCUAAUGAUGCGCCCGUGGUCACCCUUUCAUCAACGUCAACACCGACCGCAACGCCGACGGCCAACUCCUCGACAACGACCGUGGACGCUGCUGCGCAAGGAACCGCGACGGUAGUUUCGGAUUCUUCGGGCCCGCAGUUAUAUGAGCUCGGCCCGUACAAAUGUUCGGAUAACCUUUACUUGUCGGAUAUGGUCGACGUGUUCUUGGAUUUCUUCAAAGCCACGACGUCUCAGUUGAACGUAUACACCCGAUUUAUCUCAUUCAAUCUUCAUGCUGCCGCCAGUGCCGAAACGCCUACUCGACCCGCGGCGAAGGUGACUGGAGACGACCUGCCUUCAAUAUCGGAGCGCAUUGACACCCUGCUAGAUCGUCGCCUGUAUUCAUACAUAUACACGCCUGCGCAGCUGGAGGAUGAACGCAGCAACCUCAAUGACUCGUGGUAUAAAGUCGACGACGGGUACAAACCUAUCACGGAGUACUUCACGGUUCACGAAGGUGAGGACGGCACACAGAGUACCCCUGACGGCUGGCCGUGUACGAAAUAUAUCCAGCUAGCCGAGGAAGAACGGCUACUACUUGAGUAUGGAUCGAUCGACCCCCAGAUGGAAGAGUAUAGCUUGGACGAUGAUCGGGACAUCAUCUUCCCGCCAGAGUAUCUUACGGUACCUGCUCCAUUAUCUAUCCGGGACGGCGAGAUCAAAACCGGCUGCUUCUACGAUACAGAGGCUACGAAAGUAUCCCAGGUAAAUUCCUCAUGGGCCGUGUCCAACAGUCUUCCCGUGCCUGAAAGCUCCAACCGGACCGAAUUUCUGCGCGAGUUGGCCGGAAUGGUCAAAAACGUUACUGCCUGCGGGGUCACUCCGUUCAUCAACGCUACGCUUCUGAACUCGACGGCAGACAAAGAUUUUGAACCCUACAAGAACGCCACCCUCUCUGCGGGGUGGGCUUGGGCCAUCGACGAGCCGCGCGACUCUGAAGUCACGGAUAACAUCAACGAGCCGUCCCGCGAUCGCUGCGCCAUCAUGGAUCUCUCCUUGGAUGGGCACUGGCGCGUCGUCGACUGCGAUCAGCAUAAACGUCGCGGUGCCUGCCGGGUCGGCAACGACCCAUUCACCUGGACGCUGUCCGACGCCGAGAACACGUAUUCCGACGCCUACGACCAUGGUUGUCCUGAAAACUCGUCCCUGGGCGUCCCGCGCACAGCUCUCGAAAACACCUACCUGUACCGUUACGCCUCCGACAGAUCUAGUGUUGGCGGGGGACUGGACUCCUCAUCCUCGGAUCUGAAGAUGCGCGAAAUCUGGCUGGACUUCAACUCUCUGGAUAUCGCGUCAUGCUGGGUCUCCGGCGGCCCGGACGCCCAAUGCCCCUAUGCAUCAGAUCCACAGCAGUUGGAGAAAAGGACCGUUUUGGUUGCUGCCAUUGCGGCAAUCGUUAUCUGUAUCAUCACGGCUUUGACUAUUUUUGUCAAAUGUAACGCCAAUCGGAGAAACUCGCGGAGGAGCAAACGGACCAUGCAGGGAUGGGAGUAUGAAGGUGUUCCUUCAUAG